UAUAGUGUGUAUAAAGUUAUAGCUAGCCAUGAAGUAGUGAAGUACUUUCAAUAAGUGAAGAAAAUGUUGUCCCAAACAUUGUUAGCCAUUUUCCUAAUCAUCGUCGGAACUCUAUGCUUCAUUCUCAACCGACGUGGCUCCCAAAGCCACCACAAACAUCCACCAGGUCCAUGGCCUCUCCCAAUCAUCGGAAACCUUCACAUGCUGACCUCACUUCCUAACCGAGGCCUCCAAAACCUAGCAAAAAAGUACGGACCAAUCAUGUCCCUCAGGCUAGGCCAUGUCCUAACCGUCGUCGUUUCAAGCCCGGAAGCGGCAGAGCUUUUCCUAAAGACACACGACACUGUUUUCGCUAGCCGACCCAAAGUGCAGGCCUCGGAGUGCAUGUGGUACGGCACCAAGGGCAUGGCGUUUAACGCCUACGGUUCGUACUGGCGUGGCGUGAGGAAAAUUUGCACGCUCCACCUGCUGAGCGCGUCAAAGAUCGAGUCCUUUGCUGCGCUAAGGAAGGAGGAGGUUGGGUCUAUGAUGGGGAGCCUUAAGAGGGCUGCGGCGGCGGGUGAGGUAGUUGAUAUCAGUGAAUUGGCGGGGAAGACCAUCGCUGAUAUCUCGUGUAGGAUCAUACUAGGGAGAGUUAGAGACGAAAGCUGUGACUUGAAGGGUUUGGUUAGGGAGGCUUUAUCCUUGUUCGGAGCUUUCAAUCUUGCUGAUUACAUACCAUAUCUUCGGCAAUUUGAUCUACAGGGUUAUACAAGACGUAUGAAAAAGGUUAGUAUGAACAUAAACAAAGUACUAGAGAAGAUAAUUACUGAGCAUGAACAAGAAGCAAUGUCAUUAAAAAAAGGCCAACAUGUAAAACAAGAUGGUAUCCAUAAGGAUUUUGUGGACAUUUUGAUCUCCUUAAUGAACCAACCCAUGAAUUAUUCUCAAGAUGAGAAAGUCCAUAUAAUUGAUCGAGUUGACAUUAAAGCCAUUUUACUAGAUAUGAUUGCUGCAUCAUUUGAUACGUCUUCCGCAGCUAUCGAAUGGACAUUCUCUGAGCUUCUUAAGAACCCUAGAGUGAUGAAAACUCUUCAAGAUGAGCUAAAGAGUGUGAUUGGGAUGGAUCAAAUGGUGGAAGAAAAGGAUAUAGGGAAGUUGGAGUACUUAGAUAUGGUGGUGAAAGAAAGCUUUAGGUUACACCCAGUUGGGCCAUUAUUAAUUCCACGUGAAUCUAUGGAGGAUAUUACUAUUAAAGGAUAUUAUAUACCAAAGAAAUCAAGAAUUAUUGUGAAUACUUGGGCAAUAGGAAGAGAUCCAAAUGUGUGGUCUGAAAAUGUGGAAGAAUUUUAUCCUGAGAGAUUCAUUGGUAGCAAUAUUAAUAGAGACAUUACAGGGCAUGACUUUAGCUUACUUCCAUUUGGGUAUGGUCGUAGAGGGUGCCCUGGAAUGCAAUUGGGUCUUAUCAAUGUUCGACUUGUUAUUGCUCAAUUGAUGCAUUGUUUUAAUUGGGAGCUUCCUAGUGGUACAAAUCCUAAAGACCUUGAUAUGCUUGAGAAGUUUGGUUUAUCCAUGGGUAGAGCUAAUCACAUGCUUGCUAAGCCCACAUAUCGUAUCCAUUUCUAAAUUGUGUCUACAACAUUGUACUAAAUCCAAGCUACAACUAAAAGCUUCUCAUAGCAUAUUUAUUGAGUCCUUCUAUUUAUCUGUGAUGAUAUUAUUAUAUGUGUGCUAGUAAUUGUGUAUGUGUGUGUUUGUAUAUCUGGCUUUGAACUUCCUAAAAUAAAUUACAAAAUUGUCCAUUUUUUUUGUUAA